AUGACAAGUUCGAAUAAAGCUCGUCGUUAUCUACAGCAUCAUAAGCAGCACUCAACAGAAUCAAAUAAUAGUCAACAUUCAGUCACACAAUUACUAGUUGCUGAUUCAACAUCAUCUACUACUACAAUGCGUAAAUUUAGAGGUAAAACUCAACAACAAUCAUCAAUACCAGUAUCAAUACCACAAAUUUGUGUUAAUAACAAUGAUGAUGAUGAUGAUGAUGUUGAUAAUGAUGACAAUCGACAUGUUGCUAUACUUAAUGAAUUUGAUCAAGUUUUAGAAAAUGAAUUAAAACGUGCAUCGAUUUCACGUACAUUAUCACUUAAACAAAAUGACGUAGCAGGACAUAUAGAAAUACCAAUUAAUCAACCACGAAGUUUUUCAUUUGCACUCGGUUCAAAAACAAAUUUACAUGGCGAACAACAUGACGAUAAUCAAUCAAUGAAUAUAUUACCAUCUAAAACAAGAAAACUAUCGGCAACUUCUAAGUCAAGCUUGUCAAAAGAGACAUUCUCACGUCUAUUUCAAUCACUAACAUUUCGCUCGGGGAAUCAUUCAACGUCAAAAAUAUCACUUACAAAAACGGAUUUUAAACAUCAACAACGUCCAUGUCUAGCUUGUCAAAAUUAUUCAAAUCUUGAUUUAAUACCUAAAAAUAAAAAACGUCCAUCAAUAUUUGGUGUUCUUGUUUCAAAACUUAAUACAUCAUCAUCAUUAACAGCAACAUCUGGAAAUACAUCUAAAUGUUGUUCCGUAUGUAAAAGACCUUUAUCAAAAUCAAUUUCAAAUAAUGAUGAUAAUCAACAAUUAUCAUCAUCAAAAAAUCUUCAUGAUCAACAACAAUUACUUUCACGUACUAAAAGACGUCAAAGUCUGCCAUCAUUAUUACAUAAUCUUUUAGAAUCAUCAUCAUCAUCUGCACAACAUCGUCCAUCAUUUUCAACAGCAUUAAAUCAUGUUGUACUCGACAGUGUCAACCAUGAACAACAACAAUCUUCAACAUUAUCUCAAUCAUCUAAUUCAUUAACAGAGUCAGACGAUAGUAAUGAUCACAAUAAUAUCAAUAAUAAUAAUAACAAUUCAUUACAACAACGACAGCGCAUCAAUUAUGAUGAUUCAUCUCAGCUUACUGAAAAGUAUGGCAAUAAAGAUGAGAAUGACAAUGACACGGUAUUUGACAAUGGUGAAUCACAUGAUUCAAAUAUUAUGAAUAGUAACGAUUUAACAAAUGAUCAUAAUACCAGUCAACAAUUUUUACAUCCUCCUGAAGAAAAAACACGUAGUUUAUUAGUCAAUGUUUUUCGUACACGUCGAUCAAAUAUUGCUUUGGAUUCACAUGAUACUAAUAUUGUUGGUAAACAAUUAAGUGCUUCAGUUAUUAAUCUUGCUACAUCAAUGGGUAUAAAUCGUCGAAAUAGUGCAAUAUCAACAAUUAAUGAAAUAACAAUUGAUCAACGAAAACAUGCUGUAUCAGAAGAAAAUUUACUAUCAAUAGAUAAUACAUAUAUUUAUUUUACUAAUAUUAAUGGACAAAAUUUUAAAGAACAACUUAAAUAUUCAACUAUAUCUGAAAAUACAACUUUACGGUACAAAAAUUAA